AUGUCGGCCGCCGUGCUGGACGAGGCCGUAAAGCGGCUAGCCUCGCCAGAGACAGACCCGAAACUGAAGCUCGAGGCCGUCACAAACCUCCGCGACACCCUCGAUCAUUAUGUCCAAGGCACGAUUUAUCCAGCUUUCCUCAAACGGGUUAUGCCCGCCUUCAUCAACGUGUUGAGGGGGCCGCCUGUAUUCCAGAGCGCCGCAAUAGAACAGAGGAUACGAAUAUGUACUCUCGAGAUCAUCCACAGGCUUCCCACACAUCCUAGCCCUCCCGAACCCUUUGAACCGUACGCCGAAGAGGUCGUCGAACUCCUCACGAACCUCGUCCGCACAGACAACGAAGACAACGCGACAUUAUGCGUCAAAAUCAUAUCAGAUAUCAUGCGCCAUCAGCACAAGACGAUAGGGUCAAAAGUACAAUCGUUCCUCAGCUUGAUACAGGAGCUGUUCGAGCAGAUGGAACAAGUUGUGCGCGAGCAACUCGACAGCGGAUCAGCGAGUGCCGGCGCACCAGGGGCACCUGCAACACCUUCAGGAUCGCAGACGAACUUCCAGCAGUCGGGACCUGCAUCGCCGGUCGCGCCGGCCCCGGACUUCGACCAACAACAGAACUCACGACCGCUUUUGCGGGGUAUGCAGUCGUUCAAGGUGCUCUCGGAAUGUCCCAUCAUCGUGGUCUCGAUUUUCCAGGUGUACCGAUCGACUGUGCCGCAGAACGUCAAAGCGUUUGUGCCCCUGAUCAAAGGCGUUCUAUGCUUGCAGGCAAAGGCGCAGGAGCAAGCUCAUGCUGAGGCUGCGGCCAAAGGAACCAUAUUUACGGGCGUCAGUCCGAACAUUAAGAAUAGGGCCGCUUUUGGCGAGUUCAUUACAGCGCAGGUUAAAACUAUGAGCUUUCUGGCAUACCUCCUUAGGCAGUAUUCGCAGCAGCUUACCGACUUCCUGCCGACCCUGCCCGACAUAGUUGUGCGCUUACUCAAAGACUGUCCGAGAGAGCGCUCAAGUGCGCGCAAGGAACUUCUCGUUGCGAUCCGGCAUAUUAUUAAUUUCAAUUUCCGGAAGAUUUUCCUGCCCAAAAUCGAUGAACUGCUCGAGGAGCGGACACUAAUUGGGGAUGGCCUGACGGUCCACGAGACUAUGCGUCCGCUGGCUUAUAGCAUGCUAGCUGAUCUAAUUCACCACGUCAGGGAUAACCUCACCCCGGCGCAGAUUCGCAAGACGGUCGAGGUUUAUACGCGUAACCUGCAAGACACAUUUCCAGGGACCAGCUUCCAGACCAUGAGCGCCAAGUUGCUGCUAAACAUGGCUGAAUGUAUCGCGAAGAUGCCAAAUAAGGUUGACGCUCGGCAUUAUCUCAUCAUGAUUCUGAAUGCCAUCGGAGACAAGUUUGCGGCGAUGAACAGGCAGUACGACAAUUCGGUCAAGCUGUCCAAGCUCCACCAGCAACAAGGGCAAGAAAAGGUCCCCGAAUCAUACCUGGCAGUCAGGGAUCGCAAACCUGAGUGGGAUGAGAUUGACAUCUUCAAUGCAAUGCCCAUCAAGACUUCAAACCCUCCCCAAGAACGUGGCUCGGAUCCGGUGGUGGACAACAAGUUCUUAUUUAAGAACCUCAUGAACGGACUCAAGAAUACGUUCUAUCAGCUGAAAUCAUGCAACCCCGCCCAAGCCAUCGACCCAACCAAGGCCCCCCAGCAUUGGCAAGAUGUUACCUACGGAUUCUCAGCCGAGGAGGUUCAAGUUAUCGUCAAGCUGUUUCGGGAGGGCGCUUUUGUUUUCAGGUACUACGAAGCCGAGAAGCCUGUACCCGAUCCCAGUGGAUCGACCUCAGUUGAGAUGGCGAGCCUGUAUAUGGUCUCAAGUGGCAGAGAAGAAAAGGAUCUCUUGGAGACAUUUGCCACCGUGUUUCAUUGCAUAGAUCCCGCUACUUUCCACGAGGUAUUUCAGCAAGAGAUGCCUCGUCUCUAUGAAAUGAUUUUCGAACACCACGGCCUGCUCCACAUCCCGCAAUUCUUCCUCGCGAGCGAAGCGACGUCGCCCAGCUUUUGCGGGAUGCUACUUCGCUUCCUGAUGGAGCGCAUCGAGGAUAUUGGAUCCGCAGACGUCAAAAAGUCGAGCAUCUUGCUCAGGCUGUUUAAAUUGGCAUUCAUGGCGGUCACACUCUUCGCAACGCAGAACGAGCCUGUUCUCCUCCCCCACGUCACCGACAUCGUGACCAAGUCCAUUGAACUUUCCACCCGGGCCGAGGAGCCCAUGAAUUACUUCCUCUUGCUUCGGUCUUUGUUCCGGAGCAUAGGCGGCGGCAAAUUUGAGCAUCUUUACAAGCAGAUCCUACCACUCCUGGAGAUGCUUCUUGAUGUACUCAACAACUUGCUGUCAGCAGCAAGGAAACCGAUGGAGCGUGACCUCUACGUUGAGCUCUGCUUGACAGUGCCGGCACGUCUUUCCAAUCUUUUACCUCACCUAAGUUAUCUGAUGAGGCCGUUAGUGGUUGCACUACGUGCUGGUACAGAGCUAGUUGGACAAGGGCUUAGAACUCUAGAGCUGUGCGUCGAUAAUUUGACCGCAGACUACCUUGACCCAAUCAUGGCUCCCGUGAUUGACGAUCUGAUGACAGCCCUGUUUGAGCACCUCAAGCCACAUCCUUACAGCCACUUUCACGCACACACCACUCUGAGGAUCUUGGGCAAGCUGGGCGGUCGAAACCGCAAGUUCCGAACCGACGCAUUGCCCGUCACCUACCAACAAUAUGUCGACGACAGGUCGAGCGUUGAGUUGCGAUUGAUGGGGUCAAAACAUGAUAGAGCCUUACCUAUUGAUAUAGGAGUCGAACUCGCCAUACAAAAGCUGAUGGAGGGCCCCAGGCCUUCCAAAGCCCCUCAAGCCUCGAACAAGCAGCCAGACCCAUACUACGUGAAGCAUGCGCUUCAUUACAUCAAGUCUCAAGUGAAACUCAGGAUUGGCUUCGAUCGCCUGCCAGACGAUCUUCCAAGACUUGUUCGACUACAGGCUCAGGAUUUGAUGGCACGCAAGCUGGAUGCCGACUUCUCUGCGUUUGAGUCCUCAGAUCGCAGCCAGUCCAUUGCGAAGAAAGAGGAACAAGACCAAGUCUUGAAGCGUCUACUCAAGGCAUUGUUCUUUGCCGAAUCGCUUCCAGAGUAUGCAGAUGACGUGGACGCUUUCUUAAUGAACAUUUGCCGCCACUUCACUAUUCUUGAAGUGGGCCGCGGGCUUCAUGAAACGAAGCGGGCAACGAACACGACGUUUGACGUCAACUCCGGAGAAGGCAAGCUCUUCCUCGAUACUCGUGUCCUCUCUGGAGCUAUCCUGGACUCCCUUGCUUCUGAAAACCCCGACAUUCGCGCCGCGGCCCAGCGAGCUAUUGGUGAAGUUUUCACAACUGCGGCAACGAUUUUUGGCUCUCCGACUCAUGUUUGGCGGCUGAAUUUCUUCAAUCAUCUUAGCUCCGCCUUUGCUCAUGGAUGCUAUGAGGAAGAAUGGUUCACAAAGACUGGCGCUACGCUUGGAAUCCACACAUUGCUGGCUGAUGUUGAGCUUGGCGACGAGUGGGUUUCCAUGAAGCAGAUGGACUUCAUCAGAGCGCUUCUAUAUGUGAUUAAGGACAUGCCACAGGAUCUUCCUGAGAAGACGCGGCGGUCUGCCCAGGAGACGCUGGACGAGUUGCUCACAAGAGUCACCAAGAACAUCAAAUCAAAAGACGAAGUGAUUGUGGCACCGCAGGUGGCAGGCCAGCCACAGCCUCCUAAGCUGUCACGCACCGCUCAAGUAUGUCUUGCGCUCAACAAUGAGCUUUCACACUCGAACCGCCACGUGAGGGAGACUGCCAAACGCUCGCUCGAGAUGAUCGCCAAGGCCGCGAACGCCGAGGUCUGGGAGUUGAUCGCACCUUUCAAAGACCGCCUGCUCGGUCCGAUCUAUGGCAAACCGCUGAGAGCCCUACCAUUCCCAGUCCAGAUCGGGUACAUCGACGCGGUGACAUAUUAUAUGACACUCAAGAGCGACUUUGUUCAGUUUGAUGAGCAUCUCAAUCGUCUCCUCAUGGAGUCACUAGCUCUGGCUGAUGCCACGGACGAGUCGCUUGCAGGAAAGCCACAGGAGUUUCGCACACAUCAGAACAUUGUCAACCUCCGGGUUGCAUGCAUCAAAAUUCUGCGCACGGCCAUGGGCUUUGAAGAGUUCAUGAAGGGGCCUGCAAAUGGUACGCGGACCAAGAUUGUACAGAUGUUCUUCAAGUGUCUGUACCAGGAACCAAAACCCACGAUCGAGGCCGCGAACGAAGCACUCAAAGGUGUUCUCUACCCCACUAAUAAGUUGCCCAAGGAUCUCCUCCAGUCGGGCCUCAGGCCGGUUCUCGCCAGCCUUCAGAAUCCAAAGCAUUUGACCACACAUGCUCUCGACAAUCUUGCACGGUUGCUGCGUCUCCUGACGUCGUAUUUCAAAGUCGAGAUCGGGCAUCGAUUGCUUGACCACAUCAAGAAUCUUGUUGACCCAGGUUCAUUGCAACAAAUUUCGUUUACUUUCUUCGAGCAGCACCCGACGAUGAAGGUCAUCGCAUCAGUUUUUAACAUUUUCCACGUCCUGCCCCCCGCUGCAGUGUUUUUGGAGCGUGUUACCGACACAGUCCUUGAUUUGGAAGAAAAACUACGCCGGACACAUUGCAGUCCGUUUCGUGAGCCGUUGUAUAGGUACCUGAACAGGUAUCCAACUCAGGUUUGGACUCUCCUUCUUGGAAGGAUUGAUAACAUUAAAUAUGGCCGCUUUUUGGCCCAAGUCCUGCGCGAUAAGGAGAGCCAGCCGCUCAGGGACCACGCUUGUAGCCAAGUGGAAGAGUUGUUCAAGGCUUGCAGCUCUGUCAUCAACGAUGGGCGUGAAACGAGAUACGCCGCUAUUAUCGAGACCAUAAACGUGAUCGACGCACUAGCUCAGUGGCCAGACUCACAAUCGUGGAUGGACAAAAAGGAGCACCUCGCAUGGCUCAAGCAGAAUGGCAAGGACCUGGAGAAACACCUACGAAGUCAUGAUCUUCCUGCAGAACUCCGCCUUGCUGCAACCCAGGCUGGUGAGCAGCUCGUUAGUAUCCUGACGAAGUCGCUGCAGCGGGCACCGAGGGACCUUGAUGCGUUUUUCAGCCUAAUCGAAGCCGUGACGAAUGAAGAGUUCCGCUUGACGCAGACCUUGAUGUCUCACAUCUACAAGAACAUAAUAUGCAACGAAUCCAUUGACUUCUGGCGAGCAGUUGUACUCCGCUGUCUUGACAUCUAUGCUGGGAGAACGGCAACACAGAAGACCAAACUCUUUCUCUUGCGCAAUAUCGUCAAUCCCAUAUUUGCCAUGGAUGUCAUGCGUCAUUGGGAUCAACUUGAGCAGGCCGGUGGCCAACGGCUUGUUGAUCGCACUGUGAUUGACUCGAUAAACAACAAGAUAUGGAAGGUCAAUCUCGGAGACCCUCAGGAAGAUUUACAACAGCCCGGCAUCGACCACACGCGCAUGGAAGUGCUGCAGCUCUCUGCUUUCCUCGUCAAGUACCACCAUGCCAACCUGCAGGAGGCACGCAAGGACAUAAUUAGGUUUGGCUGGGCAUACAUCCGCCUGGACGAUGUCAUCAACAAGCAUGCGGCCUAUGUUGUUAUUUCCUACUUCAUCGCUCAAUACGAAACGCCAGCCAAGAUCGUCUCGCAAAUAUACUUCGCGCUCCUCAAAGUCAACCAGAACGAAGGAAGAACAUUGGUCACUCAAGCUUUGGAGUUGCUUGCCCCAGUGCUGCCUAAGCGCUGUCCCAGCUCAGACGAGCGCAACGCGGUAUGGGGUGUUGCGCCCCGCCGGAUCUUGGCUGAGGAGGGUCAGAAUGUCCAGCAGAUGAGCAGCAUCUUCCAGUUCUUGGUCCGUCACCCAGACUUGUUCUACGAAUCGCGGGACAAGUUUAUACUGCUGCUCAUCCAAUCUCUCCGCAAGGUAGCAGUUCCUCCUAACCCAUCUAAUGAGAACAAGAAGUUGACGCUCAACAUGAUGUGGCUGAUAUGGGAGUGGGAGCAUCGCCGGGUCGAGGGCAAGGGUGCGAAGGUGGUCAAUGGCGGCAGCAUGGAGUCACCUGCGCAGAAGCGAACAAUGGACAUUGAUUCCCAGCCUGCUCAGCCUCCAGGAAAGACCGAAUAUGUCAUUCCCGCCCCGGCUCGACAGAAAAUGGUUAGGUACUUGGUUGAGUUCAUCGCUCAGCUCAAUGAGCGGUACCAACUGCCGUCAGCAAAACCACGGGAUGCAUCCAAUACGCCUGGACCGGCCCUGCCGCCACCCCCCACAGACAUGUGCAAACGGGCCAUGAUGCUACUCUACAACCUUUUGCAACCUCAGUACUGGGGUGAUCUUGAGUGUGACCUGUUUCCCAACGUGACAGAGAUCAUCCUGGCGAGCGAUAAGACUACGUCCAUCUUGUCGGCCGACCCAUCAGACAAGGAAAAGUACGAUGACAAAUUCCUGACCAACAUCAUCAACACCCUCCAGGUUGUGCGCAUAAUCCUCAAUUUCAAGUCGGAUGAGUGGAUUUUGAAGAACAUGGAAAAGAUCCAAAAGGUGCUUGACAAGUGCUUGAGGUCCGAGAACCCGGAGCUGCAGGACUGUUUGCAUUUUGCAGAUCCGAAGUAUGACGACGGACGCGAGAUCCCUGCUACCGUCAAACGGAUCCUCGAUGCGAUUCCCGUGGCAUCCGACGACGUCCAGAUGGAGGAUGCGGACGCCGAGGGCGAGGCCGAGAGCCAGACAUCGGAAUUUGUCGCCUUUCUUUCUAACAUUGCUACUGAGACGAUGGCCGCCAACAACUACGUCGCUGGUAUCAACAUCCUUUGGUCUCUAGGCAAGAGGGACCCUCCGACUGUCGACCAGCACAUACCUGCACUAAUGAAGUCACUACAACAAAAGCUCGCCCGAGAUCACGUUUCUCAUUACACCACCAAGGCUGCUAUUGGAAUGGGGCAGCGGCCGCAGGAUCCCAAUGCUACGGAGAUCAAUCCGUAUGAUCUCGAAAUCCAGAGCGGUCUCAUUCUCAAGGCAGUCGAGACCAUGGCAAAGCGCAUGGAGGUCUUGGGUGACAACCGCCGGCCAUUCCUUAGUGUGGUGGCUUCUCUUGUGGACAAGUCUCUCAACAUUCCAUUGUGCGACAUGAUCCUCAAGAUGGUUGAGAACUGGGUCUUCCGGUCAGAGGGGACCUGGCCAACAUUGAAGGAGAAGUGUGCAGUCCUCCACAAGAUGCUUUCAUUUGAGCACAGGCAAGAUCAGACGAUGCUACAUCGCUUCCUUGAACUCGUUAUCAGGAUAUACGAGGAUCCCAAGAUUGCCCGUACUGAGCUCACCGUGCGGCUCGAGCAUGCCUUCUUGAUUGGCACGAGAGCCCAGGAUGUUGAGACGAGAAACCGUUUCUUGGCCAUCUUUGACAAGAGUCUCCCCAGAGCGGCAACCACGCGUCUGCUCUAUGUCAUUCGAUCACAGAACUGGGAUACUCUUGCCGAUUCUUAUUGGCUCAGUCAGGCCCUGCACCUCCUGUUGGGCGCCAUCGAGACGAAUAGUCCGACCCAACUGCACUCGGAGGACUUCCGGGUCAUGCCCGCAUCUUGCAGAUUCCAAAACUACGCCAGAGACCCUCGGGAGCCAAACAUGAUGUCAGACGACAAGUAUGACUCCUUGAUGGCUACGCAUCGCCGGUUCGUUGCAGAGCUCGGAGAUGUCAGAGUGCGGGACAUCAUUGAGCCGCUGUCCCAACUGCAGCAUAUCGAGUCUAAGCUGGCUCACGAGCUCUGGGUCAACCUCUUCCCAAUGUUCUGGGCUGCUACCAAGAAGGACGACCGCCGGGACCUCGAACAUGGUCUUGUGCAGCUGCUGACAAAAGACUACCAUGCGCGACAAAUCGAUAGGAGGCCGAAUGUUGUGCAAACACUUCUAGAGGGCGCGGCCAAGACUUGGCCUGCAUGCAAGCUCCCCCCUCAUGUCGUCAAAUAUGAAGCGAAAACAUAUGAUGCGUGGUACACAGCCAUGGUCCAGUUGGAAAAUGCAGUCGUCCACCCGGAAGUCGAGUCCGCAAAGGUUAAGGAGAGCAAUUUGGACGCACUCACGGAGCUGUAUGCUUUGCUCCAGGAAGACGACCUGUUUUACGGUAUCUGGCGUAGGCGAUGCCAGUUCCUUGAAACAAACUCUGCCCUUUCAUACGAGCAGAAUGGAAUGUGGGAUAAGGCCCAAAAGGGAUAUGAAGCCGCGCAGAUCAAGGCUCGCACAGGCGUGAUACCAUUCUCUCAGGCCGAGUACAUGCUCUGGGAGGACCACUGGAUCCUUUGUGCUCAGAAGCUUCAACAGUGGGACAUUCUCAAGGAAUUUGCCAAACAUGAGAAUUACCAAGAUCUCUUGUUGGAGUGUGCUUGGCGCGAUCCCGAAAUGUGGACAACGGCGGAGCGGCGGGAGGAGCUCGAUAACGUCAUCAAGGGCGUUAUGGAUGCUCCGACCCCCCGCCGGGCCUUCUUCCAGGCUUUCAUGUCAUUGCUCAAGCUGCACAGCAAGCAAGAAGGUAUCCAGGAUUUCACACGCGUUUGCGACGAAGCCAUCCAGCUCUCGAUCCGCAAGUGGCACCAGCUGCCCCGUCGCUUUACAAACGCGCACAUUCCACUGUUACAGAACUUCCAGCAGCUAGUUGAACUACAUGAUGCAAGCGUCAUAUGUAACAGCCUUGCCAAUACAACCCUGGCAAAUCUGGAUAGCAAAUCAGGAGAGCUCAAACUGCUCCUGGGAUCCUGGCGCGAUAGGCUCCCCAACAUGUGGGACGACAUAACUGCCUGGCACGACCUCGUCACUUGGCGUCAGCACAUUUUCGGCUUGAUCAACACUACCUACCUCCAACUGUUACCACCCGGAACCCAACAGGCCGGAGGGUCUACCUUUGCAUACAGAGGUUAUCAUGAGACCGCUUGGAUCAUUAAUCGUUUCGCUCAAGUGACCCGCAAGCAUAACCUCCUUGACGUGUGCAUCAAUCAGCUCACACGGAUCUAUACCCUGCCUAACAUUGAAAUUGCCGAGGCGUUCCUCAAACUCAAGGAACAAGCUAUGUGCCACUACCAAAACCCGGAGGAAUUGAACCAAGGACUUGAGGUCAUCAACAACACGAACCUCAACUAUUUCAGUGCCCCGCAGAAAGCUGAAUUCUACACGCUCAAGGGCAUGUUCCUCGAGAAGCUCAAACAGAACAGUGAGGCUGACCAAGCUUUCGGUACCGCACUCUACUUUGACAUCACCGCUGCCAAGGCAUGGGCGGAAUGGGGCUACUACAACGAGAGGAGAUUCAAGGAGGAUCCCAGCAACGUGACGGCCGCCAGGCAGGCACUUACGUCGUAUCUGCAGGCGGCAGGCAGCUACCGCAAUCGGAAGUCGCGGAAGCUUCUGGCCAGAGUAUUAUGGCUUCUCAGCUUGGACGACUCAAAGGGGUCGAUUGCUGCAGGGUUUGACGACUUCAAGGGUGAAACGCCAACCUGGUACUGGAUCACGUUCAUCCCACAGCUGCUCACGUCUCUGGGCCAUAAAGAGGCGUUGCGUGUGCACGCAAUCCUGUUGAAGAUUGCAAAGAGUUAUCCCCAAGCUCUGUACUUCCAACUCCGGACGAACAGGGAGGACAUGAUGGCCAUUAAGAAGAACCAGGAGAUGAAGGAGAAGCAGAGGCUUAGGAUGCAGGCAUCGCAAGCGGCAGCGGCGGCUAACAAGCAAGGGGCGGUAAGCGCCUCGCCCGCGGCACAGCCGAAGGAUGCACCCACCCCGGCAGCCAAGACGGAGUCCACCUCAAGGCCAGCAACCGCAAAUGGGGAUCAAGGCAAGACCGAGUCCUCUGCUACAGAUGGACCCUCGGCAGCCCAGCAGCCGCCAACCCCUGCUGCUACUUCCGCAACUGCAGGCCAAGCGAACGGCACCGGACAGGCGACCGGUGAGCAGCAGAACGGAGAGCCGCAGAAGAGGCAGCCGUGGGAUCUCACCGAGGAGAUUAUGAGCGUCCUCAAGACAGCCUUCCCGCUACUUGCCCUCAGCAUGGAGACAAUGGUGGACCAGAUUCAGAAGAACUUUAAGUGCCCUCCUGACGAAGAUGCAUACCGCCUGAUUGUCGCGCUCCUGAACGACGGCCUAGCAUACGUCAGCAGAAUGCCAACAUCCUACGCCAAGGACGUCAAGCUUCCGACUCCCACCGAAACUAAUAUCACCAGGUUCGCUGAGACGAUAUUGCCGCCUCACACCAGGCCGACGUUCGAGGCAGACUUUGUUCACGUCAAACCAACCAUGCACGAGUACAUUCAGAAGCUGCGAAAAUGGCGCGAUAAGUUCGAGGAGAAGUUGGAUCGGCGUCUGUGCCAGGCCACUUUGGAGUCAUUUUCGCCGCAUCUGAGCGAGUUCCGGUAUCAGAAGUUUGACGAUGUUGAGGUUCCGGGCCAAUACCUGCAGCACAAGGAUAGAAAUCAGGAUUUUGUGCGCAUCGAACGAUUCCUACCCAACGUGGACCUCGUCCGGACGAUUGGUGGCUCCCAUCGCCGCCUCAAGAUGCGAGGUCACGACGGCAGCGUCCACUGUUUUGCAGUGCAACAUCCCGCAGCUAGACACUGCCGUAGGGAGGAGCGGAUAUUGCAACUCUUCCGGCAGAUGAACGUCAGACUGGAGCGCAAGAAGGAAAGCCGCAAGCGUGAUUUGCAGUUCACGCUACCGCUCAUGGUCCCGCUUGCUCCUCACAUCAGGAUCGUCCAAGAGGAUACGUCAUACAUGACACUUCAGGGAAUGUAUGAGGAUCAUUGCCGUCGCAAUGGCAUGUCCAAGGACGAUCCUGUCCUCUUCACCAUGGACAAGCUCAAGGGCCUGGUUGACAUUAAGAGCCUCAACGUAAGUGGAACUUUGGAAUUAGUAUAUUCGGGCAAGUUGCAGUUGACUAACGUAGUGGGCGAACAGCAGAAGCACUCGGAUCAACAGGGCGACCCCCGACUCGAGGUGUUUACGGCGAUCCGCGAGAAGUGGGUCCCGCAAGACGUGGCGCUCAAGUACGUGCAGUCUGCAUAUCCUGACUUUGCCGACUUUUGGCUGUUCAGGAGGCGAUUCUCGUACCAGCUGGCGUUGCACACAUUCAUGACGUACAUCCUGUUCAUCGACAAGCGAUACCCGCACAAGAUCAACAUUGCACGCGGUUCAGGCAACAUCUGGGGUUCAGAACUCAUGUCACUAAUGGCGCCGGCUCGGCCUUACUUCCAUAACGCGGAACCUGUGCCCUUCCGGUUGACGCCGAACCUGGCGACGCUCAUGGGGCCGAUAGCCAUGGAAGGCAUAUUCAGUUGCAGCAUCAUGGCCAUGGCCAGGUGCCUGACGGAGCCCGAGUACGAGUUGGAACAUGCACUGACGCUCUACGUGCGCGACGAGAUCAUGUUUUGGUUUACUAGUAAUCAUCGUACCGGACUUCUUACGGAGAUACAGAUGCGCGAUUUGGUGCAGGCAAACUCGGACAUUGUUGUCAAGAGGGCAGUUAGCCUGGCCCAGGCACCGGUCGGGAAUCUGCCGGCAAACCAGACGGUCAUUGACCUCAUCAGCAAGGCCGUCAGCCCCUUCAACCUGGCGAGAUGCGAUGCUCUUUGGAUGCCGUAUCUGUGA